AUGGCUACCCGUACUGUGCGGCGCGGGGGACAGUUCACUAGCCUCAAGCCCAGUGGCUUGACGCUGAACAGGAAGGACCUCCGAAGUGUGCGAGAGACGACGCUGGAGAACUACUCCACGGAGUACCUUUACCUCCGUGAGAAUGAACUGACAGAGUUCGACACCGAGGUCACCAUGGAGAAUCUAAAGGUGCUGGAUCUGUCUAUCAACGACAUUGGCGGAACAGUGGACUUCCUGAGCAAGACUCCGUUUCUGCGUCACCUCUACAUGACAGGAAACAAGAUUGAAUCUCUGCAGGGGAUUGCGAACUUUUCUUCCCUGGAGACACUGUGCCUCAGCGACAAUGCCAUCAACAGCUUCGAGGGAUUGGAGCGCCUGCCCAACCUGCGGGUGCUUUCCCUCAACUUCAAUAACAUCUCUUCAUUUGAUCACUAUCCCAAUCUCCCAUCACUGCACACACUGAACCUCGUGGGGAACCCCGUGACGGACAUUCCGUCUUACCGCAGUAUGGCCAUCGCUAUCAACAACCCUAACCUCGUGACGAUCGACGGCAAUCCUGUCGAAGGCGAAGAACGUGCGGCGUUGGAGCACUACCAGGGGAAGGUUGUCAACUGCGUCUGUGAAGGGUUUGUUGUUGAGGGUGACAACGUUGAAGAGGCCGCUGAUGCAUUCCUUCUCAAGCUCCAGCGUGUAAGGGAAAAAUCCAAGUACCUUCAGCUCUGCUCCAUUCGCCUCACACCUGAGGAUGAAACACGCAACGUUCUUACAGAGGGAUUCCCAGUGCGUCUGACCUGCUGCAUGCAGGACAUCCGCGCGUAUGAACAGCGUACGGCUGAUAACUUCUACUCCCGUCAUCUCUUCCCCGUGGCAUUCAAGGUGUCUGGUGAGGCGACAGAAGUCUUCGUGGUCGGUUCGAUGAAUAACUGGACAGACCCCAUUGAGCUGGAACGUUGCGAGGAGGAGGGUGAAAUUUAUUUCCACACCACGCUCUAUCUCCCUGCUGGCGACUACGAGUACCGGUACAUUGUGGAUGGGGCUGAGAUUGUUCCCGAAUCCAAUGGCGUGAUGUCAAAGCACAAGCAGGGCUUCUGUUACCUCUACAAGGUCACUGAGCUUGAGCAUCCAGAUGAAGAGAAGGAUACCGUUCUUCACAUCCGGUGGAUGAAAAGCACUCAAAACAACCACUACGAGGUCAUUGAGGACAACAAUACGCUUGUGUACACACCAACUGCUGCGGAUGUGGGGUGCUGUCUGCGCGCUGAGGUGCUGGCAUACGUCAAUGGCGUCUUCUCCUUCUUGUAUUUCGACAUUUCCACUCCGAUCGUCGCGGGCCCACCCACAUGCCCCCACCUUGAGAUCAAGGGCAAUGCAGUCGAGGGCCACGUGCUGAUGGCGGAGGCUGACUACGUCGGUGGCGUUGAAGGAAACUCUUCCCUGGUCUGGAUCCGCGUUACCCCAGAAGGCGAAGAGAUUCCAAUCGACAUAGGUGAUCCGUGGUCCGGCUACAAGCUGACAAGCAGUGACGUUGAUUGUUGUAUCAAGGUGGAGUUCACUCCUAUGAGGAACGAUUGGGUGGCAGGUGAGCCCCAAUCGGUCGUCACGGCUCCUGUGGUGGCUGGAGCGCCAGAGUGUGAAUCCAUCAAGAUCAUUGGCAACCUGAUCCAGGAGAGUGAAUUGGAGGUGGAGGUGAUCUACUCUGGCGGUGUGGAGGGUGCGAGCUACUACCAAUGGCUCCGCAAAGAUGACAACUCGGAGGAGUACUACCCGAUUGAAGGGGAGAAUGGCACACGUUACGUGCCUACGCUCGAGGAUGUCGGCAAGUGCCUGGCAGUAGAGUACACUCCUGUCAACAAGGAUGGUGAGGAGGGCGAAACGUGCCGCUGUGUGUUGGAGAAGCCCAUUGAUCCAUCGGCACCGGAGAUUCACAACCUCCAAAUUGUGGGCGAGCUGACGGAACAGCACGUGCUUACCCUUGAGUACGAGUACACUGGUGGUCACUUCGGACCGCAUAUGAUUCAGUGGUUCCGCCGCGAUCGCUACAAGCGUCUUACGAGGACGGGCCGCCCGAACAGUGCGACACUCGCCCUCACCAAGCGUGAAGUUGACUGCACGAUUGAAGUCUCGAUCACGCCCGUGCGCUUCGACGGCGUGCAGGGACGGGCGGCAACUGCAAAAUCCGACGGCGUUGUUUCCGCCGGUGCGCCGCAGACCAACUUCAUGAACGUGGUAGGCGAACCUCUGGUGGGCAACACCUUGGAGCUGGAGGUGGAGUACUUUGGUGGUGAGCCCGGCGAACCAAUCAUUGAGUGGGCGCGUGAGGAUCCCGAGACAGAAGCCUUCGAAGUUAUUGAGACCGGUGUGCGCAGAUACAAGGUGCAGAAUGCAGACCGAGGAAAGAUGAUCCGUGUCACAUACACGCCAGUGCGUAAGGACGGCGUCCUGGGUGAGGCGAAGAGCCGUAUCUUGCAGGUGCCACACAACGAGUCGGAUGAGGAGGAAUCACAGCAGCAGCAGCCGUGUGAAGAGGGGGAGGAGAGCGAUGCGAUUGCUGAAGAAGUGGGAGAGAGCCGUCAUGUGGACCCGAAUAGCCCAACAGCGCUACCGGAAGAGUAUGAAAUGGAGGCUGCGGUGGACGAUGCGGCAGCUGAAGAGGCACCAGAGGCCCAACAGGAGAAAGAGGAGGAGGCAGCUGAAGAGGACCAGUACGCUGAGAUCGGCGAUGAACCUGAAAAGGGCGAGAAGAACGAGAAUGACGAGUACGCUGAGAUUGGGGACUCCCCCGAGAAAGAGGGAGUUAUUGGGGGAAAGAUCAAGGAGGCCAUCGCUGCCGCCCAUGACUCGGACGAGGACUCCAACCAGGCUGCUGAGAAGAAGGAUUGA